UCUCUUUUAUAGUUGUACAUUACCAAACUUAAAAACUAGGGCAAGUCGACCUGAAAUUCACCGGUCCACCCCCAACUCUCUCUCCAUCCAAAAAAAUAGAAUAUAAAAAAAGCUACCGGUCACCUAAACUCACACUUCACCUAUAUAUAUAUAAUACAUACACACCACCCCUACUUGAGCACUUAACCAAUAAACACCGCAAAAAUAUCCCACCCCGCCAUUUUCCGCUUUCCUCAAAACACAAAAACGACGAAACAUGGACCGUCGUCUCCGUACAGGCACGGAAUAUCCCAGCUCGGACUGUCCGGCGCGCCUGAAACCCAAAGACCGGAUGAUCGCCUCCGUCUCGUCUCUGGUCGACAUAGCCAGCCGCCUCUCCAAGAAGCUCAAGGCUAAGCCGAGGAGCGCUAAUAACUCGAAAAUCGCCCCCAAGUCAUCGCCGAUGAGGAAGCCGAAGCAGCUGAUGUCGACCAUAAGCAACAAGGCGAUCACGUUCCUGCACAGGAAAAAGAUUGGCGAGGAAUCGGCGGGCGCCCACCACGAGGAUAAGGAGGAAGAGUGGGGGGACGGCGGGGUCUGGCAGAGGUCGAUCCUGAUGGGGGACAAGUGCGAGCCGUUGGAUUUCUCGGGCGCGAUUUAUUACGAUAGUCACGGAAACCAGCUGAACGGAGCACCUCUCCGGUCCCCACGUGCGAGUCCCUUGCCUGGGUACCUCGAGAGGGCCGCUCAUAAGAGAAACUGAAGAAGUCGCCGUUGAAAUUUCAAAUAUAUCAUCGGAGAAGAAUGAAAAUUAAACAGAAUGUUUCAUGUUAAUCUUCUCUGAUUAAUUGUUAUGUUAAUUAGUCUCUCGUUUUGUAGUUUCUUGGUAAUUUCACAAUACUGUUGUGUUGUGACGUGUCAGACAUGUGGUUUUAUUGGCGGGCGGGGGCUUGUUGUAUGGUGUUUAGGGGCCACAGUUGACGUACAACGUCGUCGCCGUCGGAUUUUGGUAGUUGAACUUCCCCUGUAUGAACAGGGACUGGGAUGCUGUGUACAUAUAUUGGAGGAGACAUUUGGAUUUUGGCACCAUUUUAAAUUGUGGGUGACUAGUUUUAAUAAAAUAUAUGGCGUUGUGGGUUUUUUUAGUGUU